AUGUUAAUACCUCCAAAGUCAAAAAGACAUUAAACUAUUGAUUAAGGAGAAUACUUAUUUUAAUAAAGGAAAAAUUUCGAUCCUUAUACUGAGAUGAUGAAGAAACAGUAAUAAUAGGAAAUUAAUUUAUUUCGAAAGGCAUUUGCAAAUAUUGCUUCAUCUAGAAUUCAUGCAUAACAUCUAAGUGAAAAAAGAGAAUAAAUUGUAAUAAUAUAGUAAUUAAAUUAUAAGGUUUUAACUGUUCAUAAAAAAAAAAGAGUUUAACCAAAGUCUGAAUUCAAGUUACCUACUUUAGGUUAGGGAGAAAAGACAGAGAGAGUUAAAAUAAAAUUUCCUCCUUAGAGAAUUAAGAAAAUUUUUGUUUGAU